AGUGAUGGGAUUAAAGCAUACCUCGUGGGCACACAGAGAAAGUCGUGGUUCUUUAUCACUGCACUUGCUAUGCCGUGCGGAAGGGAGUGUGACUUAUCUGACACCCAGGCUAUGUCCAAGGUGCCGGUGUUGUCAACAGCUGGCUUGGCGCCUGUCCCCAUACCAGAGGCAGCAAACUGAAAAUGAGUACCCAGGAAUGAGGCUGCUGGUCAAAGAAGGCCAGCAACAUGCCCAGCUCUUGGCCUUGAGGCCACUGUGAGUCAUGAGGAGCUUCAGGGAGGAGGAGGCGACUUCUGAGGAUUUGUCCACCAUGGGGCAGGGCCCUGAGGAGCCUCCAGGAGGCUGUAGCCUGGAAGACAAGAUCCAGAGUAUAUCCAUGGGCUUACCUACUAGUCAGGAGAGAACAGGGCCUGAGGAGGCUGAGGCAACAACAGUCAGAGGUGACCUCACCCUGCAAUUGUUGGCCGUGAGGCGGAAGAGUGGACUGAGGAGCCCCAGCCUACAGCAGGCCCUGAGAAGCCGACUGCGCCUGCUGGAGAAUGACAGCCGGGAAGUGGCCCGUGUACUUGGAGAACUGUCAGCCAGGCUGCUGUCCAUCCACAGUGACCAGGACCGGAUCGUGGUGACGUUUAAGACUUUUGAAGAAAUCUGGAAGUUUUCCACCUAUCAUGCUCUUGGCUUCACACAUCACUGCCUGGAGAACCUGCUGGUGGACCAGACCUUCUGGCUGCUUUCCCCCAGUGAGGAGGAGGAGACUGCCAUCCUCAUAUAUGUAAACAAGGAUGCCUUGAAGCAGACACACAAGAGCCUUCUCGCACAAGAAGGGUCCUUCUUCGUUCUGUGUCCCGACCACUGUGUAAGGAGGACGAAGGAACCCCAGGGUGCAGGGAAGGGCCCCCAGACCCUCAGACGGGCUUCCGGGGUCACUCUGGGAGUACCAGUUGUGGAAACAGACUCCUCAUCCCCCACACCCAGCAUGUCCUCCAAAGCAGAAGCAGCAGAGGCCGAGCCAGAGCCCUUGACUCCAUUUCACCAGUGGACUCUCAGGGUCCCGUGGGAUCCCAUUGAUGAAUCCAUGAGUGGACCUGGGAUGCCCGAUGCCCAGUUCAUGAGGUUUGGCCUGGCCUCUGCAAUAGCUGACUUCCAGGGCUCAGGCCCGGAAGAGAUGUCCUUCAGCGUUGGUGAUGUCAUCGAGAUCGUCGGUGCCCAGGUGCCUGGCCUGCCCUGGUGUUUGGGCCGGCACAUGGCCUCUGGCCAGGUGGGCUUUGUGAGGACUGGCCUCGUCCGCAUGCAGGGCCCGGCAUCUGACCUGGAAAGUGCAAUAUUCCUCAGCGAGGAAGAAAGGUCAUUCUUCAGAAGUGAGGCUCACUUCUCAGACGAGGAUGCCCGGCGGCUCCUGAGCAGGACAUCUGGCACAGAUGUGUGUACCACAUGCAGCCUGGACUGGUUAGAAGAAGCUGACGGAGAACAGCUGGAGCAACAAGAAAUGUCUCUGCCUCACCUGAACCCAGAGCCACAUGAGAGUCUGCACAUGGUAAAGAACGUUUUAGAGAAGUGCAAGGCCUGCCCUGACCACCCUGAAGACCCAGCAUCCUGGAGCCUUGGAGCGGUGUCCAGCAGAGUGAGUUCACCGGACCUUGAGGACCCCCCCUUCUGCCUGGAUCCUGACGAUGACUGGACAGACCCUGAGCCUCCGGACUCACUGCUGCAGGUCCUGAGUGCCCCUGGUUAUAGGGCCCAGUUCCGGAGCCUGUAUGAUAUCUCACUUCCCUGCCUGAGCACCGCACUCUAUAGCUUUGAUGAUGAAGAAGAGCUGGCUGAAUGCUUGGCACAGGCCCGAGGAGUUGCCAAGAAAGUCGAUUUGGGCAUGGCCCUGGCAAGGCUCUGCCUCCUGCUGGGGCGGCUGUGUGCCCGAAAGCUCAAACUAUCCCAGGCCCGGGUGUACUUUGAAGAGGCCCUGGGGGCUCUGGAGGGAAGUUUUGGGGACCUCUCUCUGGUGGCGGCCGUGUAUAGCAGCUUGGCUACUGUGUACCUGAAGCAGAAGAACGGGGAGAAGUGUGUGCAGCUGGCACCCAAAGCCGCAGCGCUGCUCCUGGGAACGCCCGGCCACUCCUGCAGCACAGAUGCCGAGCUCCUGAAGUACGCACUGCGCAGGGCCGUCUGUGGCCUCAGCCCCCAGGCCGAGGCCCGGGCCUGCUUCCUGCUGGCCCGGCACUACACCCACCUCAAACAGCCUGAGGAGGCACUGCCAUACUUGGAGAGACUGCUUCGCCUCAACAGGGAUGUGGGGACCCCGCAGGCCUCGUGGCCUGAAGACUGUUACCUGCUUCUGGCGGACAUCUAUGGCCGGAAGUGCCUGCCGCACCUGGCAUUGAGCUGCCUCAGGGUGUCCUCACUGUGGACAAGAUGCUCUCUGGCUGGCUCCUUGAGGAGUGUGGACCUGGUACUCCAGAAUGCUCCUGGACCGAACAGCCAAAGGAGGACAGGUCAUAGCCUUCCCUCCCAGAUUGCUCACUACCUCAGACAGGCAUUGGCCUCUCUGCCUCCCGGCACGGGACAGGCACUGCGAGGGCCGCUCUAUGCCAGCCUGGCUCAACUGUACAGUCACCACCAGCAGUACGGCCAGGCCAUAGCCUUCAUGUUUCAGGCUGCAGAAGCUGACACUGCAGCUGGGGUCCACCCUGUCGUGGACCGCUUGGUGGCGCUCGCCUGGCUGCACCUGCUUUGUGGGAAAAGCUUAGUAGCCAUGGACAUCCUGAAGUGCGUCUCAGACGCGGCCGUGGCCAACAAGGACCAGGAAUGUGUUAUGAUGAACAUGGUGGCCAUGGCCCUGAAGAGGAUGGGCAGGACCCGGCAGGCUGCUGAAGGCUACUUCCGAGCUCUGCACAUGGCCUACAGCCAGGGCCACCUGCAGAGCCAGGCAGUGGUCCUAGCUAACUUUGGGGCCCUGUGCCUGCAAGCUGGCGCACGCAGCUUGGCCCAGCACUACCUGCGGGAGGCCGUGGGGCUCUUCUCCCAGCUGCCCAGUGGCGUGUGUGGCCGUGACUUCACCCAGGUGCUCCUGUGGUUGGGCCAACUGUGUACGCGCCGGGCCCUCCCCCAGCAGGCCAAGUGCUACUAUGAGUGGGCCUUUCUGGUGGCUGUGGAGACGGACCAUCUGGAGAGUCAGUUACAGGCGGUGCAAAAGCUGUGCCACUUCUACAGUAAGGUCAUGCCCAAUGAGGUGCGAUGCGUCAUCUACCAUGAGUUCCAACUGGCUCUGGCACGCAAGACCGCUGACAAGGUGCUGGAGGGGCAGCUCCUGGAGGCCAUCAGUCAGCUCUACCUGUCGCUGGGCACUGAGCGGGCCUACAAGUCGGCUCUGGAUUACACUAAACGGAGCCUGGGGAUUUUCAUUGACCUGCAGCAGAAGGAGAAGGAGGCACGUGCCUGGCUGCAGGCAGGGAAGAUCUACUAUAUCCUCCGUCAGAAUGAGCUGGUGGACUUGUACAUCCAGGUGGCACAGAAUGCAGCCCUGUAUACCGGGGACCCUAAGCUGGGGCUGGAACUGUUUGAGGCAGCUGGGGACAUCUUCUUCAAUGGGACCUGGGAGCGGGAGAAAGCUGUGUCCUUCUACCGGGACCGGGCACUGCCCCUGGCUGUGACUGUAGGAGACCAAGAAGUGGAGCUGCGCCUGUGCAACAAGCUGGUGGCCCUGCUGUCUGCACUGGAGGCACCCCAGGAGGGCCUAGAGUUUGCCCAUGAGGCCCUGGCACUCAGCAUCACCCUAGGUGACCGGCUGAAUGAAAGAGUGGCCUACCACAGGCUAGCCACCCUGCACCACCGGCUGGGCCAUGGGGAACUGGCCGAGCACUUCUUCCUGAAGGCUCUGUCGCUCUGCACCUCGCCCCUGGAAUUCGAUGAGGAGACCCUGUACUAUGUGAAGGUCUACCUGGUACUGGGUGACAUCAUCUUCUAUGAGCUGAAGGACCCCUUCGAUGCAGCUGGGUAUUACCAGCUGGCUCUGGCAGCAGCCGUGGACCUGGGCCACAAGAAGGCUCAGUUGAAGAUCUACACACGCCUGGCCACCAUCUACCACAACUUCCUCAUGGACCGAGAAAUGUCCCUCUUCUUCUACCAAAAAGCAAGGACCUUUGCCUCAGAACUGAAUCUCCGCAGGACCAACCUGGUGCCCCAGCACUUCUGUAGCCGGGCCCCCUGGUUGGCCCCUGGCUACCCAUCCUGACAACCUGAGAAGGGGCACGUACAACGGGACUCUUCCUCUUCUUGGGGUAUGGGCAACCUACUGUUGUUAUUAUUAUUAUUAUUAUUUUGCUGAGGGUUGGGGGUAACUGAAGGACCAAACAGUAGUAAAUAUUUUUCAGCAACUGUG